UCGAGUGUGGCUCGAUCUUUUCCUGUUUGUCAGGGAUUAAAAUUAAAUUAAAAAUAAGUAAAUAAGUUCAAUUGUAGCUUAAUUGAAGAAAGUUCGAAGCAGAAAUUAAAUUAUGUCUCAAGCCAAAAGUACAAGUGUGGCUGAUGUUUACAAAGGUGUAGUGAAUGACGUAAUCGAUGGGGUUAGGGAAGCAUUCCAAGAGGAAGGACUUGAUGAGCAAGUUCUUCAAGAGUUGAAACAGUUAUGGGAAAACAAAUUAAAACUGUCAAAAGCAAUUGAUGGCUUGAUGUCAGAAAGUCCAUUGGGCUCAUCGACAACAGCAACAAGAAUGCCUCCACCGGCCCACUCACAUCAUCAGACCAGAACGUUACACCCCACACAACAACUCAUUCUCAACAACAACAGCCCAAACCACAGUAACAACAACAGCAUCACAUCUUUAUCUCCUUCACAACUUCAACAGCUAACAAAUUUGCAAGCACAAGCAGGUUCUGUCUUAAAUCUUGGCCCAAGUCAUUUGGUUAAUGCUCACCUAGCAGGCCAGUCAACGAGCCAGUCUUUGAAUCCAGUCCUCUUGCAACAUCUCAACAAUCUCAAUGCCCUCGGGGGAGCUUCUUUCAUCCAAUCACAGAACAACAUCAUAUUCGGACUGAGUGACCAGCCAAUUGCCACGAAUGCUACACCUCAAAAUGGGGUCACAAUCGACAAUGCUGGCACACACAAUAUAGUGCAGUUAGAUGGUCUGGAUGAUAGCAGCUCAGAUGAUGAGGAUGAUGACGUCAAGCAUGAUGACGACAACGAUGAUGCCAAUGAAGCAUCAGCACAGAAUGGGGAAGAAGUUGAAGACGAUCCUUUAAAUUCAGGAGAUGAUGACCCAAACGAGGACGACACGCAAGAUUUAUUUGAUGUCGACAAUGUAGUUGUCUGCCAAUUUGAUAAGAUAAAUAGAAGCAAAGCUAAAUGGAAAUUUCACCUGAAGGAUGGCAUAAUGAACCUGAAAGGAAAAGAUUUUGUAUUUCAGAAGGCAGUCGGUGAGGCAGAAUUUUAACCGACGGUGCUGUUACACUUACAGGAAUUGAAAUGUAGUGAAACGCAAUUGAUAAUGUAUAUUAUAUAUAUAUAUAUGUGUGUGUGUGUGUGUAUAUGUAUAUAUAUAUAUAUAUAUAAAUAUAUAUAUAUGUAUAUAUUUAUUUAAGUUUCUCUGUAAAAGUACAGUACAUACUGAUUUCAUAUGACAUUUAAUAAUAUCUUAACAGUUAGCUUGUUUCUAACAGUUGAAACAAAUGUAAAUGGCAAUAAAUAAUGAAUAUAGCUCCUUUGCAAAUAUCACUUGUUCUGCCCUUUCUGUUUGAUGUUGGCUGGCGUGCCUCUGAGUCAUCAAGAUUCCCAUUGUUUGUCCCAACUUGCUACUUUGUGCUAAGUUUCUAUGAAUCCCAUCAGUCAGUUUGUAUGUUUUAUCUAUUUGCUUGAUACAUUGUUUUAACUGAAAAAUUGUUUUUACGUUUGUGAAGGUGUAUUUAUAAUUAACUGGUAAGAAUGGUUCGGUGUGCUAGUAUUAAGUGACUACAUAUAUCUGAAUGUACAUAUUAAUGUUUCUACUUUCUAGGAUUUUAAUUUUGUAUAAUUUUUUUUUAAUAUUCGUAAUUUCCUGUUUCUUUAAAAGUUGUAACACACUAAUCGUUAUUUCAAACAAAGACUUGUAGAAUUGUGUUUAUAGAAUUGUCAUUAUGUUUUGUUGCUAAAAGUUCUUUAAAAUGCAGAGGAAUGUUCAAUAAUUUGUAAAUUUUUGAUUGGAUCAAUAACGAUAAUUUAUUUGAUUGAAUUCAUUGUCUACGUAAACAAUAGUGAAUGGUGAAUUUUUGUGGUCGAGUGAAUUGUUUGUGUGUUGCUUAUUGAUCUCGCGAACGCUUCUGCAAAAUUAGUCUACUGUCUACUUGGUUUGAAGAUUAUAUGUGGAAGAUUCAUUAAGUUCUUUCCGCUAAUGAACAUCAUUGAGUAGGAUGUAGCGUUCUUACUUUUCGACUCGUAGGAUUAGUUUUGCUUUUGCUCUGAAUUUUUAUACUUAUGCUGGUUUUUGUGCUUGAUUGGAUUAUUGAAAAUCAUAAUAUAAUUAUGAGAAUGACCAUUAGUUUCAUGCCAUUUUCUUGUGUUGUGUUACACGUAGACAUAAUGCAUGUUUAAGGCAUACAAACAGAAGAGGGACUUAUCAUUUUUUGUAAAUUUGUUCAGCGAUGUCAUCAGAAUGGUGAAGCGAGAUUGGCAACAUUUCAUUUUCCUAGUUCGAGCUUGGCAGUAAUGAAUUUGAAUGAAUGAAUGAAUUUAAUUGCAGAACCAGUCAUCCAUUUUUAUUGACUUACUUAAAUUUUAUUGCAUCAUGUGAUUCACUAUUCAAUUAAUUGUUUUAAGAAAUAGUAAUGUUGUCUCUGGUAUUGCUAAUAUAACAAAUUAUUAUUUCU